AUGCUGGAUUUCUUCCACAAGGCGCCAAACGACGACUGCUGGUACAAGUUCCUCGAGCCAAUUCUGCCCUACAUCCGCAACAUCAUCCCCGCCUCCGUUGCGUGCGACUUGCUGGAAAUCUUCCUGACGGAUCCCGGAAGCUCGCUUUUUCGCGUUGCUUCGCCGUACAUCUUGACCAGAGUCUUUCGCAAAAAGUCGAUUAUGCAUCCGACGAACCCUCGAUAUACCACGCCUGCAUUGCUCGCGACGAUUCUGUGGUGCGUGGCGCAAACUGCUGAUGUGAUGAUGCUGCAUGUGCCGGGGACAAGGGCAAAGAUUGUCAAUGACUUGUAUGAUUUGGCAACGUCUCUGAUAUCUGAGCGUGACCCAGAUCGAUGGCGGCGAAUACAUGGUGGUCUCAGAGCCGAAAACGAGACUCCCCAUCCGCGGAUCCCCAAUCCCGCAACAGUGCCGAAAACUACAGUAAACAACGAACCGGCCGGUGAAGUCGACGACGUCUUGACCUUUAUCCUCCUCUCCAUCGCCGUCUCCGGCUCCGACUUCAAAUCUGACUGCUACAAGUGGUGGUCAAAGGCGACGAGACUGGCCUUUUCACUCGGCCUCAAUCGAGAAGACGAGCAGUGUGCCGGGCCCCAGGACGGCAGCUUGUACAAUGUGGAGCAUCGAGAGGAACGCAGGAGAGUCUUUUGGCUUCUGUACGCUCUGGAUCGGCAUCUGGCCUUGUCUUUCAACUCGGCGUUGACGAUACCUGAUUCUUACUGCGAAGUCUAUUCCCCCCUACCUGAAGCUAUUUGGGAGAAUCUCGACACCAUUCCUCCCAACGAGAUGCCCGUUCGCACCAUUGGACCGCCAACAACGGCCUCUGGAUCUGCCUUUUUCGAAUACUUUUUGCCACUCAUGGCUAUACUUGGAGACAUCAUAGAGGUCCAUCACAGGCGCCGUCAUCCACGGCUCGGAGAUUUAGACGAUUCACACUCCGUGUCUGUCAUCCAGGGGCUUCUGACAACAUACGAACUGAGUCUCGCGGCACUCUCGUCAGAAGGCAACGACACGCCAUACAACGCAAGCGAUCCGUCCAAGAUGCGCCUCGCCAAGGCCUACAGCACGCACAUUCUCCAUGUGCUGCAUGUGCUCCUCCACGGCAAAUGGGAUGCCAUAUCCAUGCUGGACGACGGCGAUGACUGGAUCACAUCUAAAAGAUUCAACGAGUGCGCGUCACACGCCAUUUCUGCGUCGCAGUCCGUUUCGACAAUCUUAACAAUCGACCCGGAGCUUACUUUUAUGUCCUAUCUGUUCGGCAUAUAUCUUCUUCAGGGAAGCUUCAUCCUUCUUCUCUUUGCAGACAGGAUGCCUCAGCUAGGUCCGAACGAGUCGGUCGCGCAGGCAUGCGAGAACAUCAUUCGCGCGCACGAGGUAUGCGUUGUAACGCUGAGCACGGAAUUUCAGAAAAACUUUCGAACAGUGUUACGGUCAACUCUCUAUAGCGUCCAGGGCGCGGGAACGACGAAUUGGGAUGAACAUCGUUCAAGACGAAGAGCUCUGUCUUUGUACAGAUGGACGAAAGGAGCCAGGGGACUGGCAUUAUGAUGAAGUGUAC